GAACACCUCAGAAUCCUCCCCACUAUGUUUGCGAACUCUCUCCUCUCUACGCCCUUUCUCGCUAGCCCUCGAAGCCUUAGCAUCUUUCGCAAUGGAUAAGGAUGAGGCUCGAGAAUACCUUGCGAGCAUCCUGAAUAAGAACCUCCGCGUUCUGACGACGGAUGGCCGCCUGUUCUGGGGAGCAUUCAAAUGCACCGAUCCUGACAAGAACAUUGUCCUUGCCAACACAUACGAAUACAGGCAACCCUCGUCCAAGCAGCGCGCCGAGGCCGCAGUGAAGGCUGGUGAUGAGGCGGUUACCCUAGACAUGACCUCUCGCUUUCUUGGUCUGGUCGUUGUCCCUGGACACCACAUUGUCAAGAUGGAGGUGGAACAGUUUGCUAGCCAAAUGAGGAACCAAAAUUUCAUCUGAGCGAACCCAUAUGGCAUUAGAAAAUAAAAAUACAACAAGAAAGC